UUAGCCUUAGUUCCUGCAUUAUCGCUACCAAAGUUUCUGUUCAGUCAAGUGCAUCCGAAAAUAGUGGUUUUCUUCUUUUGCAUUGGCUGUUUUGCUAAUUUUUGGCAAAACAACAAUAGGGUGAAAAUUUACAUAAACAAAAGCUGGUAAAAGAAAACCGCCAAAAUUGGUUACCUAACGAAAACCUCCUUUGUGCUACGGGACGGCAGACUUCAUUGAAGCGCCAUCCAGAACCUUUGCAUCUUGUCCUUUCCCAAAUCCUUAGCAUCCAUCCCCUACAUCAAUUUCCUCUUGGGACUCAUCAUCUAAAAACCAAAGAAGACGAUAUGGGCUUCAGUUCGCGCAUGGACUGCUGCGGGCAGUUCGUCAAGUACAGCCUUUUUAUAGCCAACUUUGUGAUAUUUGUGGGUGGAGCCAUUGUGUUUUGUUUGACCUUGUGGACCCUGGUAGAUCGGAGCUUUGUCAAUGAAUUGCUGGGAACGAACCUCUUCUCGGGAGCUGUCUAUGUCCUGCUGGUCACUUCCAUCAUCAUCUGCCUGGUGUCCUUUUUGGGUUGUGUAGGUGCCGGAAAAGAAGUCAAAUGUCUGCUACUAACGUAUUUCAUAAUUGUGGCUCUGGUUUUCGUCACCAUGCUAAUUGGCGGCGUCUUGGGUUAUGUUUUCCGUGAAAGAGUUCAGCAGACCAUGCGGCAGGAAAUGCGUUCCACAAUGGCUUUGUACGGCAGCCGAAGGGAGAUCACCCAGGCCUGGGAUUUGACCCAGGAAAGGCUGCAGUGCUGUGGCGUGGACACGUGGCAUGAUUGGAAUCGCUAUGGUCCCGUGCCGGAGUCCUGUUGCCAGGAGCUAUUCGGAGGACAGCGCAAGGAGUGCACCAUUUUUCCCACCAUCACGAAUCUGUACAACCAGGGCUGUCUCUAUGUGACGACCAACUUCAUCAGGGAUCAUGCGGCGGUUAUUGGGGGCACAUCCAUAGCAGUGGCAAUACUAAUGAUAUUCGGUAUGAUAUUCUCCUGUCUACUAUUCAAUAUGAUCGAAUAGCGCCAAAGAGAUGUGGAUAUCCACGGAGGACACGCAGGAAAAGCAGCUUCUAAGCUUCCCGAGGAGACACAUUUUUGAAAUAAAUUAAGAGUAUUAUCCGAACGUAUGAUAUAAUGUUGGCUCUGCCAGGUCCAACUGUCCGUUUAUAUUAUGUAUAUAUAUUAUACGAUCUUUAGAUACAAAUAUCUAGUGAGUAUUCCGAAUGUAUUGUUAUCAUCUGUUGCAUUAUUUUUUAUGUAAUUCUGUAAAAUUAGUCCUAAGUAUCCCCCUAAUCAAUGCCCCAUUUAAAAUCGUAAUUCUAAGUUAAUUUUUCUAAUGUUUCUAGAGAGUUAAGUUGUCCAUUGUCCAUUGUUGUUUCGAAUAAAAUUAGUUAAAAGUA